GUUUGUCGAUUAAUUGCUACUAACUUAACUCGUUCGAACAUUAGAAGUCUCUAAAAUAAAAUAAAAUCCUUUUUUCUUACUUCAAAUAUUUAAAACAACCUGGUUAGAACUUAACAAAGGUUACUUAAGCUCAAUGAAUCGGACAUUAGACAGAAAUUUUGUUUUGCAAAAGCAGUUGGAGCGGUCAUUUAAAGGUCUAGAAAAAGAAUACAAAACUUCCCAGAGGAGGAAUCAAUGCAUAGCAGAAUCAUGUGUUUCAUUUACGUACCAAUUGUUGCAUGAAGCAACAUUAAAAGAAAAAGAAAAUUUUAAGAAAAGACCAAAAACAGCAAAGCCGAGUUAUUCCAAUACACACGAAAGAACUAUUGUAGACGCUGAUGUUAACAAUACACGACUUCGCCCACAAACAGCUCAUGGUCAACAUGAUAAAACUGAUAGUAAACAAAAGCGACCAUCUUCAGCUCAUCCAUUAAUACCGCAGAAUGAAAACAAAGGUGAUGAAGAACAAUGCGAUGUUGAGCGUAAAGAUACUGGUCAAAAACCAAAGAAUGCUUGGAUAAAGGUCAAAGAAAUUGUACAAAAAACAAAAUCUGUGAAUUCAAAUGAACUCAACGAAAAGAGGAAUUCUCAAGAUGAACAAAUAUCUAUCGAAAACAUUCCGGUUACAUGCGACUAUUUACAGCAUAACCGUCGCCGACCAAAAACUGCCGAUUUUUAUCGAAAGAAGCAACCUGAAAGUGAAUUGGCUAUAUUUUGGUCCAGAAAAGUUCGAUACGCCAUUGAUAAAUGGGAUUUAGAGGAUAACGAAGAUGAUUUCAUCGAUAACGAUAUAUUUAGCGUUGCUUCUCGUGCUUCGCGUGCAAAACGCCCAAUUACACCACCUGUGCAUAAAACGGAAAUGACCGAAACAGAGAAAAGACUGAAAGCAUUUGUUCGGAGAUUUGGCUCCAAAUAUAGGACACAGAUGAACCUAUCGUCUGCGACGUCCAAUCAUAGCGCUGUAACUACGGGUGGUCGUAAAAACUUUUCCAUUUCUAGACAGGAACUUGCAAGCAUUCACGGAGAUGUAUCACGAAGAUUAAAAAACACAAAAAUGAUAGUUAAGAAAAGCGGAUCAAUACAGCGUUCAGUCGAGAAGUAUGCCGAUUAUGCAAAAGACUUAUCUUCGGAGGGUAGGAGUUCGGUAAUGAAUUUAUCAAAAAUUUCCAGAAAAAAAUCUAUAUUUGAAGACAAAAUUUGAAAUAUCAAAUACAACUUCCAAUCAUAUAAUUGAGCAUAGAGUUCAAUGAUAGAAGUCUAUCAAAGAGAUAUAUCGAAAAACUUUGUAUCAGAUGCAGAAGGACUCGCGUUGACACUCGGACCAUUUGAACAGAUAUGUUUUUUUUAUUAGAGAGAAUUAUGCAACAAUGAAAGAAUAAUUUGUGUGUAUGGGUUUAGCUUCAACUUUUCAGUCUUGGUAUUUAGCAAAAUAACGGGCUGUGAUUAAAGUAAUGUACAUUUAGAUGCGGAUUUAGGGAGGAUGCCCUUCUUAUGGAGCUACAUGUAUUGUAAAUCCUGAUUUUUUACCUAUACCGACCCAGAUUUUUUUUAAUUUAAGUGCUGUGCCCCCUUUUUUCAGAAUGAUUGAUUCGCAUCAGACACCUAAGAG